CUCCAUCAUUCCCUCUCCGUCUCUGUGGUUGGAGGAAGGAUGCUCCCCCGCAGACUCCUGGCUCUGCUGGGACUCCUCGUGCUCUGCAAAGGCCAGGAGGAAAGCGGGUUGGCCGAGUCCUGCGAUAACUUCACAGACCUGAACCUGUCCCACUGCUUCCUGGGAACCAGCCUGUACGUCCGGCUGCUGCUCUACACCCGCUCCAACCUCGACUGCGGCCGCGAGCUCGGCCACCACCACCUGUCCUCCCAGCCGCUCUUCAACCUCUCCCUCCCCACCGCCUUCGUCAUCCACGGCUACCGGCCCACCGGAGCGCCCCCCAUCUGGAUAGACCACAUAGUCCGCCUGCUGGCCGAGCAGGAGGACAUGAACGUCAUCGUGGUGGACUGGAACAAGGGCGCCGCCAACCUCAACUAUUUCACCGCCGUGACCUACACGAGGGAGGCGGCUCACAACCUGACCGGCUUCCUCGUGACGAUGCAGGAGGAAGGAGCCUCUCUGGGCUCGGUGCACCUCAUCGGCGUCAGUCUGGGAGCUCACCUGGCUGGAUUCGUAGGAGCAAACCUGAAGGGGAAGGUGGGACGCAUCACAGGUCUGGACCCUGCAGGGCCGAUGUUUACCAGCGCCACACCAGAGGAGAGGCUGGACCCCUCAGACGCCAUGUUUGUGGACGUCCUUCACACCGACAUGAACUCAUUCGGACUCACAGGAGCUCAUGGUCACAUUGACUUCUAUGCAAACGGUGGAGCGGAUCAACCAGGCUGCCCCAAAACCAUCUUCGCAGGUAAAUCUUAUUUUGUGUGUGACCACCAGCGCUCGGUGUUUCUCUACCUGUGCGCUCUGAACCGGACCUGCAGCCUCACAGGUUACCCCUGCUCGUCCUACAGUGACUUCCUUGAGGGGCGGUGUCUGCAGUGCGAGGCCUUUAAACCUGCGCCCUGCCCGCUGCUCGGUUAUGAUCUCAGUCGGUGGAGGGAGACCCUGCUGCGACUCGGACAGACCAAAGUCUUCUUCAGCACCACGGCAACGCUGCCCUACAGGAAGCUGAGCUACAGAGUGGACAUGGUGACCUGGAACCAGUACCUCCGCUGGGGGGUCGUCUACAUCCGGCUGCACAGCGGCAGAAACUUCACAGAGGCCCGAAUAGACCAUAAGCUCCUCCGCUUCGAGCAGUACACCUCCACCCGGCUGCUGGCCCAGUUCGACGAGGAUCUGCAGCAGGUCCAGAAGAUCUCUCUGCGCAUCAGCACCGGCAACGUGAUCGGCCCCCGUUACAAAAUCAGACUGCUGCGAAUACGCUUCACGCCGCUGGAACGUCCCGAGAGACCUACAAUGUGCCGUUUUGACAUCAUCAUGGAGGAGAACAUGGAGGUGGCGUUCCGACCUUUACCCUGCGGCUCUCGCCUCUGACUCCCUGCUCACGCGCGCUGCUUCUUCUUCUUCUAUGGAAACACUUCUGACUCACGCAAACCCAGGCGGCCUCUGGUGGACCUCCCAGGCCCCCACAGCAGCCUCAGCCUCCUCACUGGCUGAUGAAGACGGCCUGAUUGGUGCUGAGGAUACCUCCUGGUUACUGGAAAGACAACAUGUUGUUACGUCUGAGUGAAGCGUCGUCUCUGCAGCUGCUGCUGGGAUAUAAGUGACACAUGUUCAGCUGUGAGAUCUGGAAACAGCAACACGACUGAACGAGGUUAUGAAGGAAGCUGCUGCAGGACUUUCGUCUCGCUGGGAUCAGCUCUCUCGAUGUUUCGUCUCUUUUUCUCUCUGGCUGCAUUUUUACUCCAGAAACCAUAAAACCUGAACCUGCCGGUGCUACAAAUCCAGCAAACAACAUGUUCCGUGUUCCUGCCCUGAAACAGUCCAGUGAAAGACGUGGACCUACAUGAGGUGAUUUUGCACUUUUCAGAUAAUCAGAACGAUGAAUUUUUCUUUUAAUGGGCUGAGAAAGUGCUGCUUCUCUGCGGGCUAAAUAAACUACUAAAAAACAAUGUCACAAAGCUGAAAACAGGGCUGUUUGUCGCCGCUUGUGUUUUUUCACACUUUAUUUAGGUGGCAAACACUAAUGCCUGAACACAAACACACCAUUUUGUGCAAAAAAAUAUAUUUUUUGAAAGAAAAUUAUAUUUAUGUUUGAUGUAAACGUUGCUCCUUUCAGUUUCCUUCAAUAACAGAAGCAGAAUUUCUGCUGGACCUUUUGAAAAAAUAAACAAUAUAAAGGGUUUUAACACAAAUUUGGACUUUUGGAUGAACAAGUAAUUUUGCUUGAAACUUGCAGGCACUAAUAAUUCAGUAAAUAUAAUGCAUUAUCAUUUCUGACCCGAUCAAGGUCAGAGUUUAAACUGUUAUAUUAAAUUAUAUUUACCUUUUAUUGUUGAUCUGAUGAUGACUUUUCAUCUCUGGAUUAAAUAAAUUCUUCACUGAUGGGGAACA